GGAGUGCUGAUAAAAGUUGGUGUGCGCAGAGGAGAGCUGUCAGACUGUGCCGAGACGCGCUAGAAACCACAAGCCAAAGCGGACUCUCACCGCCAGGACCAAGAAAGCCAGACAUGCAUUCCACGCGUGGGUUCUGAACCACUAAGGAAUUGUGUAAAAUGAUUUUGAUCCACUUAAACUGAGCUAGUGGGAUAUUCCAGAAGACAACUGAGGAGGAUUUGAUUGUGUAGUGGUGAUUGAGAUGCCAUCAGUGAUUGCGUUAAUGGACCAAUAAUCACAUCUGAUAAAGUGACACCAAAUCAGGUCUUUUACCAGAUCUUAACACUGGAUUGUAGCAGCAGCAGCCGCAGCCCACCUCAUGGUUUAAAAGGGUGUUAAUGCGCGGGAAGGGAGUGGAACACUUCCAGGAUGAGUGAGCGAUACACGCAGGUUGGAUGCAAAGGGUUUUUACUCAUCAUGGUCCUUGCCAUCAGCAUCUGGGACAUGUCUGAGGGCUCGACAGUGGCGCAGCAUGUUCCCACAGGCACCUGCGAGGUAGUCGCCUUACGCCGCUGCUGCAACAAGAACAAAAUCGAGGAGCGCUCUCAAACCGUCAAGUGCUCCUGUUUUCCGGGCCAAGUGGCCGGCACCACCAGAGCGGCCCCUUCCUGUGUAGAUGCCUCCAUAGUGGAGCAGAAGUGGUGGUGUCAAAUGCACCCGUGCCUUGACGGCGAAGAAUGCAAAGUUCUCCCUGAUCUGAAGGGCUGGAGCUGUGCUACGGGCAACAAGAUCAAAACCACAAAGAUUUCCGCAGAUAGAGACCAACUUUGGUAACAUCAUGCACAUCACCAGGGAGUCCAGGUGAAUGUGUGAAGGCGUUCAAAAGGAGAAGAGGACCUUUUUUGUAAAUAGAGACUUUGUUUCUUCUGGACUGAAACGAAUCCUUGGAAAACGGUCAGUCCCAAAUUGAUUCUAUGGGACGCUCUUCUUCUUGAAAGAAGCCUUUACGGGACAACAGGAUUCACGCUCUUAUACCGUACUGCUCGUAGUGGAAUACAAAUGGUGAACUUUGCCUAAAUGUUCAAUUCUAGAGUCAUAUGUCCUUUACAGGUUUUGGUUUCUUGAGCCAGAUGACUGCAAUCGUUGUGAGUGGCUGUCACCUCUAAAGUAGCUUCAGAGGUCGAACAAGAUGAAAUGAUGUAGCCGAGUAGCAGAUAUUCAGGAGGAUUUUUCAAAUACACAACCACACCGACCUGUCUCUGCCCGGAAUGUCAUUAUGCAACAUGUUUCCUUUAUACAUUUAAAAAUAACCGCGUGAAGGGAUUUGCAUAAAAAUGCAUUCAGAAGCAAGAAUCGCAUCAAUAAUAGCUGGAGUUGUUAUCUUCACGACAUUGUCAGGAUCAGUCCAGCCAACAUGGUUGGUUUGUCUUUGGAAAAGUCACUUUUCUGCUAUGUUUCCUCAGGUAGGUAACUAUCUAGACCGAGGGUGUCCAAAUGUUUUCCAUCAAGGGCCACAUUCUGAAAAAUGAAAGGAUGCAUACAUUUAGGACUUUAUUAUAUAUAUAUUAUAUUAUAUAGUAAUUAUAAUAUUAUAAUAUAUAUUAUAAUAUUUAAACUUUUUUGUCAAACAAAUUUUUCCCAAAAAUAGUUUCUCAUAGUACUGACAUGACAUUAUUUUCAUAAACUUUUUUUUGUUAGAAUACUUUUUUCCUUUAAUAUUUUGACUUUAUUUUUGGUAAAAUUACAGUAGUUUUUUUCAUAUUUCAACUUUCUUGUGAAUUUCUCGUAAUUGUGCCAUAUUUGGCCUUCAUUCUUGUAACAUUAUAAAACAUUUCUGCAAUGUAAUUUACCAAAAAUUACAACUUUAUUACAACUUUUAUUUCAACUUUUUUUUCAACAAAAUACUAUUUUUCGUCAUAAUUUAAUAAUUUCAAUUUUUUUCUCUAAAUAUUUAUCUUUUCUUGUUAAAUUAUUUUGACAAUGUACCACAGGCCAAUCAACAAAAAAAAAAAACAAUCACGGGCCGCUAAUGGCCCCAAGGCCGCCCUUUGGACACCCUUGAUAUAACUAGACAGAGAGCGACUAGUAACAUUAACAUGACUGUUUUCAACCCAAAUAUGACAUAACAUGUCUUUUGUCUGACAAAGUGAUGAGAUCAGUAAUAAACUGUGGUUGUGUAAUUCAAGGCUUGUGUUUUUGAGCGUCUACGCUGGCAACUAAUUCAAUAAACAUGUUUUAUUUCUGAUGAGUGUACUGUAUCUGUGCAAUGGAUACGCUUGUGAUCUUGGGCGAGUUGCAAAGUUAUAAAACGGUGGCCUUUAGGGGUGUCACAAGAUUUCUCGUUCACCAAAAAAAAAAAAAAAAAUCUCGAUAAUUUUGCCGUCCUCAACAUAUUGCCAUAUGCAUGCAUAUCAGUUUUCCUCUUCUCCCGCCUUCAAACAGGCAGGAAGAGGGUUCAUUGUGUGUGUGCUUAGGUUUCAGCAUCGUGGCGCAUUUGAUCCAUAGAAUAACGACAUCAACAGAGUGAGCCCUUUUGUCAUACAGUCUCUGUCAUACUGCAGAAGAGUAUAAUUGUACGUAUAUAUUGUCUUUUUUUAAUUGUACUUUUCUUGAAAGUAAACAUCUUGUUCUCAUAGACCCAAUCUCGUGUAUCGUCUGUCCCGUGACACCCCUAAUGGCCUCUGGUAGUGCUACCUAUCUGCUAGUCAGUAUACAAAGUGUUGAUCUCAGAGAUGAUAUUUUCAGUGUCUGCAACGUUAAGGCUAUUAAACUGUCAGAGAAAAUAAACACUAGAUCGUGGAAAGUCAAUGUUUCACUCUUCCAUUUGUAGUAGUUACACAAUAUUAUGUGGUUAGCAAUUAAACAAGCUGCAUGGUGAGGUGGAUUUGUUGGGGGGGGGGGGAGUAAAAAAAAAAAGGACAUAGAAGCUGAAGAAACGCCUUAAAGACGCAAUGUCCUGUUGCUGAUAAUCUCAAUUGCCUACGCCAAGCGUAGCGCAAAGCGCAAUUGCAGCGUGGAGGUUAUGUUUUCACUUUGUUCAUGUACAAAAUAACUUGAAAAAUUCUGAAUGGAUUUGCAUGAAAUUUUCAGAUUUGGGGGUAAAAAAAACACAGGACAAGUUUCCAAUAGGUUCUACAAAAUAUGAAAGGCCGAUCCAAAAAAUAUAGCAUUAUUAUUUUGGUGUGAAUCACAAUAAGGGGGAAGGGACCAUGGUGCUUGGGGGACAGGUCUGCGCUUUCCGAGUGCUUCUCCAGUUUUAAAAUGAAAAUACCCUCUGAUUUCUGUCUUUCUUUAAUUUCCUUCGUCAUUCAUGAAAACAGUGAUGGACAUUUUUGCCUCUUUUCUGCUGGGUUGCAACCAAACCACUGACUGUUUGUGUUUUGUCGAUUCUGAUUUUGUCUGGAAUUACCGUAUUUUCCGGACUAUAAGUCGCCCUUUUUUUUUCAUAGGUUGGCUGUUCCUGCGACUUAUACUCCAGAGCCACGUAUAAAUGAAAAUUUAUAUAUAUAUAUAUAUAUAUAUGUGUGUGUGUGUGUGUGCGUGUGUGUGACAACCCACCUCUUUAAAUCUGCUUUUAAUAUCUAACUUUUUAUAUCUGACUGCUGUGCCCCGCCCUGCUUUUUCUCAUGUUUUAACUGUGUAUUAACGAAUGAAUGUUGUAUUUUGGUGUGUCUUCUACUCUGUUUACUUGCUUUUAUUCAACUCCAUUCUU